AUGUUCCGUAGUCGCGCCGACAGUGUACGAUACCAUGAUCCCGUUAGGAGCUUGGCGCUCUCCAAGCAGGCGCCGGGGGGAGAGGCCGCAUUCCGCUGCGCUGGCGCCGAACCGCGCCGUUCUGGCCGCAUGUUUUAUUCAACACCGGCCUCCGCCCCCCGAAAUCGGGCGCGCGCCUCUUGUCGCGCACCAACAUGGCCGACGUCGGCGCUUCCUCGGGGGCCGCGAUGGUGCGCCUGCCGCUGCUGGCAGGCCGAUGUCACUUUCCAGGUGGUCCCCCGGCCGCUCGCUAGAUGGCGCUGGCGGUUUAAGACGGCCAGCGCCACGGCGGGGCGAGGGGCGCGGGGGUCGGCGGCGGUCGGUCGGGUGUCGGCUCGGGUGUCGCGGAAUAGUCCAUUGUGCGCGCAGCCGGCGCACCGGGGCCGACAUUCCCGCUCGGAUAGUGGUCGUGACGUCACGAGCGCCUACCAGCCGCCAGUGACAAGAGGCGCGCGGAAUGCGGCUAACGGUCGUUGCGAGAUCCGCGCAGCGUUCCCAGGGCUAGAUCGACGCCCCCAGAUAAGCCCAAGAGCUGUUUCCCUGAAGCGUUCAAGAGCAGCGCUGCCGCGACGGGUGAAAAAAAAGGAUGAGUGGGGGAAAAAAGCA